CAAGAACUCCACGUAUCAACUAACCUCCCCACUUAUCUCUCCAAAAACAAAAAACAAGUCUUAUCGGCGCCAUUUUUGCAGUCUUUUUUGUUUCUCUAUGUUUUGUGUGUCAACUUAUUAUUCAUUCUCAUUCCUAUUUUUGUUCCUAUCCAUUUAAUUCUACUAAUCCAAUUCAAUAUUUUUCGUUCUUAUAUGCCCCUUUUUUUUUUGCUCUUAUCCAUAUCAGUUUUGUCUAUUUAAUUAUAAAUUUUUCUAUAGAGUUUAAACUGUACUAAGUCAUUCUACUUCAGCUCAUUCCUAUAUAUAGUUAGAAAAAUACAAUCUUUUUUCUUGAUUUGAUAAAAAAAGAAUUUUUUUUUAUUAGUAAUUUGGAAUUGAUCUUUUGGUGGGGUUUUGAUAAUUUUUUACACUUUCUGGAUUUGGGUUUGAUUUGAUAAAAAAAGAAAGUUUUUUUUUUUUUUUAGUAAUUUGGGGUUAAACUUUUUGGUGGGGUUGCUUAAAUUGAGCUGAAUUGGAUUUUUUUAAAAAAAAAAAAUUGGAUACUUUCUUGAUUUGGGUUUGAUCUGACAAAAAAAGAAAGUUUUUUUAGUAAUUUGGAGUUGAAUUUUUGGAGGGGUUGCUUAAAUUGAACUGAAUUGGAAGUGGGGUUUUGAAAAGUUUGAUACUUUCUUGAUUUGGGUUUGAUCUGACAAAAAAAGAAAGUUUUUUGAGUAAUUUGGAGUUAAUUUUUUGGUGGGGUUGUUUAAUUUGAGCUGAAUUGGAAGUGGGGUUUUGAAAAUUUUGAUAUUUUCUUGAUUUUGGGUUUGAUCUGACCAAAAAAUCAAGUUUUUUCCUCAAAUUUUGGAGUUGAAUUUUGUUUCUGGAAACUGAUUGUGGUCUUGAAUUGAGCUGAAUUGGAAGUGGGGUUUUGAAAAUUUUGACAAAUUCUUGAAUUGGUGUGACCUUCUUGUUUUCUAAAGGCUGAUAGGUUCUUUUUUUAAGUUUGUUUAUUGGAAAAAAUUGAAACUUUCUUGCAACUGGUCACUGGUUGACCUUCUUGUUGUUUUUUGUUUUGGUUUUUUUAAAAGCUACAUCAGAUCAAUAGUGUUGUGUCUUAUCAACUGAGUUAACCUUUCUUGUAAGUGAAAGGUGAGAGAGAAUAAAAAAGGUGUCUUUUGGGGGUAUUGCUAUUAAAAAAAAAAAAAGAAAAAAAGAAAACUGAAAGGGGGCAUAGAUCUGCUAUUUAUAUUUAAUGCCCUUUUUGAUAUUUGCAAUAUCUGGGGUUUCCUUUCUGGGAUAGAAAGGGAAGCUUAAGUUAGUUGUACUUAUUAUUAGUUUCCAUUCUUGUAAGUUGUUAUGUAGAGGAUUGUUUCAAGAACCAUUUUUGAUGCAUGAUAGUUCAAGGAUUGCUGAAAAGUUAGCAGUCUGUUCCUUUUGUGUGAUAUGGUGAAGUUAUUGGAUUGAGGUGAAGGAUUGGUUGGUAGAUUUUGAAGAGUGAAAAAGGAUAUUAGUACGGUACCAAGUAGGGGGGAAUAGGGUGUUUGAUUAAUUUGUUGCUCUGGAGUGCUUACUGAAUAUAGUUCGGGGCCUCAGGAUGGGGUCCUGCUUAUCAUCGGAAAGCAGGAGUCCUCAUCCUGGUUCUCCUGUAACUCCAGCUAGGAAGAGGAAGAGCUCGAAAAAGAGGUCGGGAUCACGGAAUUCUUCAUUUAACCAUCAUAAGGAAGAACUAUUGCAUAGGAUUCCCGGGCGUAUGUUCUUGAAUGGUUCUAGUGAGGUGGCUUCACUCUUUAGUCAGCAGGGCAAGAAAGGGACUAAUCAAGAUGCUAUGAUUGUUUGGGAGAAUUUUGGUUCCAGCGAAGAUACUGUUUUCUGUGGUGUUUUUGAUGGCCAUGGUCCUUAUGGUCAUAUGGUUGCGAAGCGAGUCAGAGACGCUCUUCCGUUAAAGCUAAGCACACACUGGGAAGUUAAUAUUAAAAGUGAAGAUGUUCUAAGAGAGAUUAGUCUCAACACGGCGAGUAGCCUAUAUCCCGAGGAUGCUUCCCUUAUCUCUGCUGAUGUUGAAGAGACUGAAAAGCACUUGGAGGUAUUUGAAACGUUGAAGGAGUCAUUUCUGAAGGCUUAUAAGGUUAUGGAUAGAGAACUGAGAAGCUAUACCAAUGUCGAUUGCUUCUGUAGUGGAACGACAGCAGUAACGCUAGUUAAACAGGGUAAAAAUCUUGUUAUUGGAAAUGUUGGGGACUCGAGAGCUGUGCUGGGUACGAGAGGCGAGGAUGAUUCUAUCACUGCAGUGCAAUUGACAGUAGAUCUUAAGCCCGAUUUGCCAGCGGAGGCUGCGAGGAUUCGCAAAUGUAAAGGGCGAGUGUUUUCUCUUCAUGAUGAACCGGAUGUUGCAAGAGUGUGGAUGCCAAACAGCGACUCUCCUGGACUUGCCAUGGCCCGUGCUUUUGGAGAUUUUUGCCUCAAGGAUUUUGGUGUCAUCUCAGUGCCUGACAUUUCAUAUAGGCGUUUAUCCGAGAAGGAUGAAUUCCUUGUUCUUGCAACAGAUGGGAUUUGGGACGUGCUUUCAAACGAUGAAGUAGUAAAGAUUGUGGAUUCGGCUUCAUCCCGUUCAUCUGCAGCUCGAUCGCUUGUUGAAGCAGCUGUUCGGGCCUGGAAGAUUACAUACCCGACUUCUAGAGUCGAUGACUGUGCAGUUGUCUGCCUCUUCCUUGACUCAAACUCGAAUAAUUUCUCUACUGCUUCUAGCACAAAAGAUAACGACAAGACUUUUGUCUCGAUGGAAAUGAGUGAAGUUAAUAACAAUAUGAAUGGUGCCGUUAGUCCACCUGCGUUGAAUCGCUCGUGUACUGUUCGAGAAAGCGAAGAAGUUUCAGCAGGCAGAAAAGAGGAAGCCUCGGAACAUGAUGAGUUGCUACCGAAGACGGGGAAAGAAUUGUCUGUUCUCGACGGGGUAUCUCGGGUGGACACAUUAAUGACAUUACCAAGGUUUAUGCCAGGCAAAGAAGAAAAGAAAGCUGCUGGUGGAGGAUCAAAAUCAAAGAAGAAAUAGUAAAAACCUACCCGCACCGGGCGUUUAUAUCGAACCAAUGGAUGCAUAACAUGUGUUUGCCCAUAGACCUUUCUCACUUAACUAUGGUUAGUAUAUAUUUUCAUCUCAUUAAAUCAGUUAACCAUGGUAAGUCGACAUGCAAACACAUGUCAUGCGUCUAGAUGUGUUUUUACCACGACCGAGUGUGGAUUUGUUUGUCUUAUUGUCCAUUUUUGUUUAGCUCUUAUGAUCAGUUUUUUUUUUCCUCAUUUAUUUAAGGUGAGAAAUGAAAAAUAGGGCGAUUUCAUAUUGUGCUGGGCUAUAUUACAGUUCUAUGGGGAAUCAUUCUCUCUCUCUCUCUCUUUAGUGUGUAUGUAGAAUCGAAAUUUUUGUAAAUUCAAGUCUUCUUGUUUCUUGGAUACUA